AGAGAGAGAGAGAGCGAGAGAGAGAGGAGAUCUAAUAAUCGUGUAUGUUCCGGCUCUGACAGCAGCUGCUCCUGACUCUCACUGCGGAUCAUUUGUGACAUUUCUUCUGCACCCAGCUUCAAAACCUUUACAACGUAAAUAUGGGGAAAGUGGAAGGUGCGAUGAAAUGCGUGAAAUACCUGCUCUUCAUUUUCAACUUCAUCUUCUGGUUGAUGGGUUCUCUGGUACUGGCUGUUGGUUUGUGGUUGCGGUUGGAAAACAACACAGUGAAUCUACUGGGCAGCGAGGAGGCACCGGGCAACUUCUUCCUUGGAGUCUACAUCCUGAUCGCAGCCGGAGGCUUGGUGAUGCUGGUCGGCUUUUUCGGAUGCUGUGGUGCCGUUCGAGAGUCUCAGUGUCUCCUCGGAUCGUUCUUCGCCUGCCUCCUGAUCAUUUUCGCAGCUGAAGUCGCCGCCGGCGUGUUCGGAUUCCUGAAUAAAGAAACGAUCAUCAAGGACAUUCAGAUGUUUUACCAGGACUCCGCUAGGGAUAACAGCACGAAGGUUCUCAGCACCUACCAACGAGUCCUGAACUGUUGUGGCACUGAGGAGUCGCGGUGUUCUGACGGCUCACAGGACAGGAAGACUUGCGAAGUUGCCAUUGAAGAGUUUUUCAACAGUAAACUCUUUAUCAUCGGGUACGUGGGGAUCGGAAUCGCCGGAGUCAUGAUUAUCGGGAUGGUCUUCAGCAUGGUGCUGUGCUGCGCGAUCCGGAACAGCCGUGAGGUCAUCUAACUACACGACCUUCUGACCUUUAAUAUCGGCACCAUUAUUUUCUUUUUUUCUUUUUUUUUUUCUGCAGACACAACAAGUGCUUUGGGAACAAUAAACAUCUCGUUUUCCAUCAUUAAGUUAGAACAUCCGGUCAGAACCUACUGGAAGGAUUUCAUACUUUUAACCAUGUUUUUAUUAUUAUUAUUAUUAUUAUUAUUAUUAUUCACUUUACCUGCUGGAAAGGUCUAGUUUGUUGAUCUGGUUUAAAGAAUUGAAUUUAAUUUAUGUUUUUUUCGUAUGUUUAAAUCUACUUGAGGCUGUCGAGAUGCGUAAUUUAAAGCCCGGAGUCUUUGGGGUGACAUGGCGAGGAAGAUUCGACCGGUAUGUCGUGUACAGUGAGUGUGUGAAUGACGCAUGAAGUCGUGUUUACCAGUCUGAGUGCCCUACCAUGGAGAGGUUCUUUAGGCAUGCUGUGUGGUUUGGGACACUUCCACAGUAGAUCACACGAAUCCUUGGUAGCGCACUCAGUUUUUCCGACCUGAUUAACACCAAAUCUGUAGAUUUGUCUAUUAAUUACAUUAUUUUUUUUUGUGUGUCUCCAUUUGCUCAUUAAUCCAUGUUUCGUUUCGACUUGUACAUAUUGUUGAGAUUUAUACUCCAAUUUUUGUAACGUGUGUGAUGGUGAUUAUCCGUGCCGGGCCGUUAGUUUAAGUAGAAGCUCGUCGUUGUCAUCUUUAAUUACGUAACCCCUGUCCGAUGAUGACGUAUACGAUCUAUUAAGGUGCCUUGUUCUUUUUAUAAGCCGUAUAUAACCUAAGAUGUUCUACGCGUCCGGUUUCUGUAAUAGAGACGCAUCGUUUUUGCGUUACAGUCCUGUUAUUAAUGCGCACUUGUUCACUUCAAACUCUCGUAACAGCCGUAACACGAUUAAGGAAAAUGUGUUGUAGGUGGGAGAUCGAGUUUAGCAAGUCAGAAGUCUUCUGCUUUGUCACUAGCGAGACUUUAUUCUGAUGUAACUUCUCAUUUUUUCAGAAUAGAGGUUUUGCUAAGUAACUAACUACCAUACAGCUUACCGUAGAAAUGUAUAAAAGGCUAUCACAUCUGCCGUCUCCAAAUAUCCUUGUGACUGAAGUUUGGAUCCUCUCCAUGCUUCUCAUGCUCCCAAGUUCGAAAUCGUUGCAUAUCGUGUAAACGAUGGACGCAGACAGUACAGCGAAGUCCACAAGCGCGCCCUGGAAACGGGAACGAGACGCUAAAACCCGUCAAAAACCCACGUGUGAAGUGAAGAUCCGUAGUGCUAUUAGAUGUUUCCAUAAGUGCAGUAGGUGUAGUUUAUUACAUAUUCGUCUUGCAGACACUAUUUAGGCAUGUGCUGAUAACACGCGGUAUACAGUAUAACACAGUACUCCUCAAGCGUCACCAUUGUUUUGGACACUCAGGUCGUGUUUGGUCUCUCAGGGUGAACUGAAGAGAAGCAGGAGAAAGACACAGCUCGUCUUUAUAUUCCCUGAAAAGCCAAACGCAUCGUUACGCUUCGCGGAAAAGAGCGGACACGAAAAGCGGUCUACCGUAAUUACUGUUCAGAGCCGAUUCCGGACAUGUUGUUGUUUGACACGCGAUCUCAGAGACGGACGCGUCUUCGCAGUUCCACUUCUCGUCUGAAUCCAAAAUGUCGAAAUCUAACUAGGACUAAAGUGAAACCGUUAAUCUCCGUAAUCUCGGGUCGAGUUUUUCUCGAGCCCUUUAAUCUAAUCAUAUAGUGGUGCGUCUGAGAUACAAAGGCCGUUCAAGUCAAACCGGGACUUUUAAUUGCGCAGAAUACAGCUACACUAAUACCCUUAUCUUAGUGCUUGGAUACCAUCAGGGUAGAAAUUUUUCUCGUGAUGAUCGGACUGUCUGCUACACAUCUGAAAUUCUGGCCUCCCAGGAACUCCUUUACCGCCCCAAACAUGGGGAAACGGCCUGGAGCGAGGUCAGGACUGUAUGGGGGAUGUGGCCGAGUUCCUGUAAUGUACAAGUGGUGUUGGUGAAUGAUUGUGUGUACAGUUCCCACACACAUCUCUUCCCCAAGUUUGCAGCUAAACGAUUUUCAAGCAUCAGGUGUUCCACCCGCUGAAUGUUCUCGGGAACGACUGCAGUGAGGUCUGAGCCACCGCGGCUGGGAUCAUCAUUCUUUAAAAUGUUUGCACCAUUCAAAUAUUUACUGCAGCUAAGAGUCUCAUCACCGUACUGUGUUUGAACUCGUUAAAGGUUUUUUCGUAAAAAAAUUUAAGUAAAAAUAAAUGAGAUCCCAUGUUUAAGCAUGUUUAAGGAUCCGGACUUUCGGGCCACUUAUAUGCAUAUGGGUACUAUAUACAUGUACUAGAAAGUCACUUCAGUUUCAGGUUCAACUUCAAGGCUUGUUAAAUCUAAGCCUAUUAAUAUCAAUUUGUUAAAAAGUAAUUAAUGCAACACAACCCGAUUUAGAAUGAAACAAAGUUUAAAAAAAUAUAUAGUUUUGAAUUGAUUACCCUUUGAAGUUAUGAGUUUAUUUGUGUUCUAGCUAAAUUUGAGCAUGAUGAUGUAUAAUGAAGCUGAAUCUCCAAUAAAAGAAAGCUGAGAUACACAUAGAAAAGGAUCAAAUUUCUUAUCAGCACAUGCCUGAAGCUGAUUAACGACAGGAAGUAAACUGAGGACCUACGUGUUGGUGUGCGAUGUGUUUGUGUGUGAGAGUGAGUGAGUGUGUGUGUGUGUGUGUGUGAGAGACCGCUCACCUUCACAGCUGCUCAGAAUGUAGGAAGUGCAUGUACAGUAUGUUGUAUGUAAAGUUGCAUGCCUUUCCAUAGCAGCUUAGAGCAAACCUUCUGUGUGUUGUAAUUAUUAUUAUUAUUAUUAUUAUUAUUAUUAUUAUUUUUAUUAUUAUUAUUAUUUUUUUUUUUUUUUAACAAGUUAGAGUUCGUACUGUAAACAAUGCAGGGUUGCCGUUGUCUGAUGUUUUGUUGUUAUAGUUCUUGGUAUUGUAACGAGUAAUUUAUUUAUUGCCUGAUGAGUUCAGACAGCAGUUAGGCUUCUCAGGAUUGGAAGGUUGAUGUAAAAGAACAAAUAAACUUUUCUGAGGUUUUA